AAUAUGCAAUGCCGUGGAUAGCCGCCAGGUUGCGCAGGUUUCCAACCUAUAGUCACAUGACACAAACUGAAGAUGUCUGCGACAGAGGAGGACACGGAACUCAGAGAUCUACUGAUCCAAAACUUGGAAAACAGCGGUGUUUUGAAUAAAAUUAAGGCAGAGCUACGUGCAGCUGUUUUUCUUGCCUUGGAAGAGCAGGACAAAGUUGAGAAUAAAUCCCCUCUUGUCAAUGAAAACCUGAAAAAGUCCCUUAACACAAAGGAUGGUCGCUCGGUAGCAGGUCUUAUCAUUGACUUCCUGCAAGUCUUCAAUUUAGACUUCACCCUAGCAGUGUUUCAACCUGAAAUUAGUACGCUCAAUGGGAUCGACAGUCGAGAAACUCUGUCUAAAGAGCUUGGCAUAUCGGAAUCGGAGGUGAAUAAAAACACCCCUCUCCUUCUAGAGUUGGUGAAGAGGGGCCGGCAUAAGGACAAGACAGAGGGAGAUCAACGGUUGACCGAGAGAACUUGUCCCAAGGAAUUGUUGCCCCGCCAAAUUGCUGAUGCCCGCAAGAAAUUUGACAGUCAUGACAAGAACAGGAGUGGCGAGAUCAGCAGAGAUGCAGUUAUUGGCAUUUUUGCCAAUCUUUUUCCUCACUUCAGCAGAAACAUGCUGGACAGUUACGUCACUGAGGAAUUUAGAACCAAAGGCAAGGAAACAAGCAAUACUGUAGACUUUCAGGACUUCCUGGGAAUGUACAAAUGCUUUUUCAUACAGUGUCGAAGUGUGGUUACCAGUGAGAGUAGCGAUGCACUGUACUCCUCAAGUAAAACUACUGAAGAUAGAAUCUUUUCGUCUUCCGCCAGCAAGAUACCCAGGUAUAAAGGAUUUGUUAAGCACAGUUCAGCGCAGGAAGCAAAGGCUGACCCAAAGGCUGGAGACAGAAGACCUGGUGAAACACUGGGGUCUCAGAAGAACAGAGGGUCUGUUCAAGUGUCUGAAGUGUCAGAGGAGGGGUUAGGUGAUGGGAAAAACCUUCCCACCACACUGAGGAGAGCACUGGAGUUUGGACUGGAGGAUGAGGAUGAAGGAGACUCGUUCUUUGAUGAUCCUCUUCCUAAACCUCAGAAGACCUAUGGCUGUGAGUUAUCUUUGGCAGAUAAGCCUUAUUCAGGGCAGAAACAUCAGCACUGGCAGAGGGAAGGAAGCCUGUCAGGGCGAUCCUUAUCCCAAAUGAGGAGGGGCACUAGCCUCAAUGACCUGUCUGCUAUCGGCAGUGAUAAAGAGGGAGAUGGAGAGGACAUGCUCUCUGACUCUGAACCUAGGAGAGAAGGCUUGGGCAGCAGUUUAGGAAAAGCAUUCACGGCAGACAUGCAGCUAAAGAGUGCAGGAGGAUCUCCUGAGAGCAGCCAGAAAGAUCAUUCAUCUGACAAAAAUGGUACGUCUAGAUCUAAAGAUAAGGGUGUAAAAGAGUUUCCCGCUCCAAAUGAGAAAACUGCAUCCCCUUUGCUGGAUGAAGAUCUUGACUAUGAUGAUGACUUCAACAGUCAUCGUUCUGAAAACUCUAAGAGUGAAGUGAGCAUCGAUGAGGAGAUUGAGGAGGUGUCGAUAGAGGGACCUGACUUAAGCGAUAAGCUUGAUGAAACCACUCAGGAUGUGAGCGUCUCGCAGAUAAGUUUGGGUGCUGACUACAUGGAAGAUGUUGCUUGACAUCUAAAUGCCAGUUCCUUGUUUUAUACUUUAUGUAUUUAUGGAUUUAGUUCACAAUAAAUAAUUCAUUACAGUCUGA